AUGACCGAAGUCCAAACACCCAACAUGUAUCUUGCCCAAGCCCGUGCUUGCGGCAGCGUACAGGACUGUAUGAGCAUCUACGACAAAUGGGCUGCCACUUACAACGACGAAGUGGGAGACAAAGCCCAAGAAUACGUCGCCCCCGAGAUCGUGGCCCAAGUAGCUCUUCAAUCAAACAAUUUAGCCCGAUAUUCCAUCUUGGACGCCGGCUGCGGCACUGGACUAGUCGGCCAAGCUCUCGCACACGUCGGCGCAAAGUCCAUUGAUGGACUUGAUCUGUCACCCGCCAUGCUUAAAAUCGCACAACAGACGGGCGUCUACAGGAAUUUGUCCCAGGCAGACUUGACACAACGCGUGCAAAAGCCCGACGGCGUCUAUGAUCUUGUCACCUGCGUCGGCACUUUUACCAACGGCCACGUCGGCCCUGAUCCUGCUCUCAGAGAAUUCGUUCGUCUGACUAAAAAGGACGGGAUCGUUAUUGCUACUGUCCUACAAGAGUUCUGGGAGACGGCCAAAUUCCAUGCCGAGGUUGAGAAAUUGGCAUCCAAGAAAUUGAUUAAGGUUGUUGCACAAGAGGUCAUUGAUUAUGUCAAAGGCCACGGCGAUAAGGCAGUGCUAGUCAUCCUACGAAAGGCAUGA